AUGCGCCCUCCGCUUCGGAUCGCCGUCUUGGAAUGUGACACCCCGCUUCCCAACACCAAUUGCCGUUACAACGGAUAUGGAGGCGUCUUCACUGCUCUUCUUACAGCGAGUGCGAAGGCGCUCAAUCACCUCGACCGGCUCGGCCCGGAGACAGGCCUUCAAAUAUCAAAAUGGGACAUCGUGAGCGGAACGGAAUACCCCAAGCUGGAGGAUAUUGAUGCCGUGCUCCUCACUGGCUCAAAACAUAACUCAUUUGAAGAUGUGCCAUGGAUCAACCGCCUUGUGGAAUUCACCCAGUCAGUCCUGGCGCAGGACCGCGUCCGCCUGCUCGGAAUCUGCUUCGGACACCAGAUCGUGGGCCGCGCGCUGGGCGUGAAGGUGGGACGAAGUAAUCAAGGCUGGGAGAUCGCGGUUUGUGGAAUGGACUUGACCGAGAAGGGAAAGGAGCUAUUUGGGCUGGACAGGAUCCGCAUCCAGCAAAUGCAUCAAGAUAUCGUCUUCGACUGCCCUCCGGGUGUCGCCCUUCUUGGUUCCUCGCCCCGCUGUGCCGUUCAGGGCAUGUACUCCCCUGGCCGCUUUAUCACCGUCCAAGGCCAUCCAGAAUUUACUCAAGAGAUCGAGACCGAAAUCAUCCAGACUCGAACCAAGGCGGGUGUCUUCAGUGAGGACCAAGCACUGGAGGCACUGAGCAGGACAGGUAAUGAGCACGAUGGGGUUUCCAUCGGGGCGACAUUCCUCAAGUUUCUACGGGAGGAUUAA